UUCAAAAGUAGUGAUAAUGUCACCUGUACUCAGUGAAAUACUCCUCUCCGGUUUUACAGUGAACUCAGCUCUUCGUCUCGGCUCUCACCUCGUUCAAUCCCUCUCCGUCGUCUUCCUCUAUUGGUUUUAUGUUUUUUCAUGAACAAAUUAUAAUCGAAAAUCCAUU